UGCACUCAUUGAUCUGGGAAGGCAAUCAGAGGAGUGAAGCGAAGGAAGCGAAGAGAAGAGAGCGAAGCGAAAUGACGCGCAAUGAAGAAAGUGUGUGUGCCAACUCGAUUUAAUCAAACGUUAACCAAUAUGUACAGCCAGAUAAAAAUAAUUUACAGACAUGUGAUGAAUAGGAUAAGAAGUGUACACGCAUAUAAAAGGGUUAAUAAGUGAAUAAUCAAUAAGUUCAAAGUGUGAUUCUAGAAGAAUGGAUAAAUUGACCUGUCCAGAAGUUAGGAUAAGGUAUAUGAGCUUAACAUAGCAGCCGACACUACAUAUUCCUCAGUUAAAAUGUACAUAGAAACACUUUGAUCUUAAUUACUUUUCAGUUUCCCAAAGUCAUUUGUAUUUGUUGAAAUAAAGCAUUUAAUACAUAUUUAGCAAGAUCUGGUGUUACAUUAAAAACCAGCAGAUAACUUAUAAAUAACUGAAUGUUUUGAAAGUUCCAGUUAAAAAUCAUCCUUGAUUAAGUGAUAUGAUGGGAUGAAAAGUUCAAAUUAUAAUAAUUUUCUAGUCAACUCAGUGUAAUAUUUAUUUCUAUUUUCCAGUGUGAUAUUUCAUUCUAUAUAACAUACGAUAUUCUUAUAUUCCAUUGACAUGAACUCUAUUCAGCAUGAUAUGUAGCAUGUGAUUUGUUAUAACCCUAAGUGAUUUCAUUCUAAUUAUUAAUCAAAAUGAAUGGAUUUCAACUAUAUCUGAUGAGAUUGUUUUUCCAACAACAACAAAAAUGCCAACAAACAAAUGAAAAAUGGUUUUAGUCAAUUCCUAUUUUAGCCCAAAAUGAAACUAUCAGGAAGACAUUGAACAAUAUUAGGGCUCUUCAAUAACAUGAAUUGUUUUCAGUACAAUAAUUUAUUAUAUUAAAAGGAAUUAAUUAAUUAACUUAUUUUAUUAACCAAUCAGAUAUUUAUUGUAGUUCACUCUUAAAAAUGAUUGGUUAAUUUACUUUUUAUCAUUAAAUAUUUAAUGUUAAAUCACUUGAUUUAAUGUUACUUACAAAAUAUUGUGCAUUGCAAGAACCUUAAAUAAUCCAAUCCAUUCAUCAGUAUGGGGUUGUGGAGAUCAUUAAGCUCCUGACUGAAAUUAUGAACCGAUUGAUGUUAGAUUACCAUUGAAAACCUGGAAGAACUGGACGCCGUUCCAUCCCAUUAUGGGACUCCUCAGCAGUGCGCAUCCAUGAUCUUGUUUGCGGAAUUCGAACUCAGGACCCUUGAUCUCACUCGCGAACUCUUAACAUCCAAACCACUGAGCUGGCUUCCAGUGGUGUUAAUGUCUGAUCUCAACCAAUCCACGAAAUUGUGCGAUCAUCUCCCAUUGUACUGAAGUAGAUGACUGUCUCUACCCGACACGGAGUUCUAGUGAGAAACCGUGACCAAAAUUGUCAUGGAGUAUGUGAAUAAAAUUCUUAGUUCUAUAUUCUUGCUGAUGAUUUAAUAAAACAAGCUCUUGUAGCAUGAAGAAGUAAGUUGGUUGUUUCACCGUAAUAUCAGCAUAAUACAGCAGGAUAUUUACCAGUUUACUGAUCAUUCGUGAAAUCCAGUACUCAUCAAUUAUCAUUUGUUUUGUUUAUUCAUAACAGAAUUCAACCAAACCAGUAAAAUGUAGUCCGGUUCUAAAAAGCAAACAUUGUUGGUUCAUUAUUUAUGGUUAAGGAUGUUAUUCACCUCUCUAUUGAUCAAAUGAAAUGUGUUUGUCAUGUGAUUCAAGUACCUAUGUGAUAGUCUUCUUUACCUCUCUUGUUUUAAUUCAGUUAGAUACAUGAGUAAAAAUUCUAACCACUUUAAAUGGUACUUUGUGCUAUACUGCCUGAUAUAUUUUAUGUACUGGAAGAAGAUAAUAUAAGCCGUAAGAUUCAAGCUGAGUUGUUUAAAAUUUUCCUACUGGCUGCAGUAAUUGAAGACCUGUGAUCUGAUUUUCUCUAAGGUCAUCGAUUUGCAUAGAUAAGAAUUGUAUAAAACUUAAUAAACCUACCCUAACUUUCACACUUCUUCUGUUCAUUAUGACUAUGAAACUGGUAACCAUCCUAACCAUCAGACAGAAGGGAGUCUUAUCAAAGGAAAACUUAACCAUCCAAUCCUUUGGGAAUGUUUAAUGUCUGAAUUAGUUAUUGCUAUUCAUAGAAGCGUUUCUAUCGUUAUAAUCUUAGUGGAGGACAGAAUAAAUCUGAUUGAAGAUUGCCAUCCAAGCUUUAAGACUAUUGUACAAGUUAUAUUACAUAUAUUGUAGCCGUGUGAACUUUCUGGUGAAUAUAAAUAUGCUAUUUCAUUUCUAUCACCAUGACCUAUCAAACAAUAAGCUCCAACAAGUAAGGUAAAGGGAAUCUUAGCCAUCGACUGACAAAAGUCGAGCACGAUUAUAAAAAGCAGUGAUAUUUCUGAGAUUUAAAAUUGAUUUGAUGAUUUAUUAGGGUCUGUGGAAGGUUCUGAAAUUUUCAGUACAAAAUACAUAUGGCUGAAAGUAUUUACACAUUGUAUAGGUUGACGUUGGUUUUCAUCAAGAUAAUCAUAGAAAACCGAUGAUUAUUAAAUGAACGUUUCUUUCCAACUUGUAAAUCUCCAGCACCUUGAACUUACAAUCUUAUGACCUAGUCUCACGGCUAAUGUGGUAUGUAAAUACUGCUUCAUUGAAAUAUAGUGAUCCAUAUUUCUAGCCUUGUUCUAAUCACAGCAUACAUCGACUAGCACUCAAUAUCAUUAAAGACACCUGUUCUCAUCUUUCUAUGAAACUGUUAGUUUAAAACUUCAUGGGUUUGAUUAACAUAAUUUUAAAUGAUCGAUGAUGGUCAACUGAAUAUAUUUGGUAAACAAAUAAGUAUGUCGAUAAACAUAAAUUUGUAAUACAUUAUAUUAAUUCGAGAAGUUAGAAAUAUAACAUCGCUGGAUGCUGGCUCAGUGUUCUAGAGGUUAAGCGUUCGCGCUUGAGACCAAAGUCCCUGAGUUCGAUGGAUGCGCACUGCUGAGGAGUCCCAUAAUAUGACGAAACGGCUAUCCAGUGCUUCCAGGUUUUCAAUGGUGGUAUGACAUCAAUCUGUUCAUGAUCUCCACAACCCUAGAGUAAGGAAUAUAAUUAAUGAAUAAAAUACUGGUCGCGUAUUAUCGAAGUUUAUAAUGACUUAUCAUUGGUUGAUUAGUAUACAAAUCUCAUUGUUAUUUGUUAACUGCUUAUGUAAUGGAUCAGAAUGGUCUUACUCAAAUGUGUUAAGAUGGAAUCAACACUAUAGAAAUAUGUGUUCAGGUUAUUAUCAAUCACCAAUUGAUUUGAAAUCGGAUAUAUCUAUACUUGAUUUACGAUUAAAAACUGUGGUAAUUUAUCGAAACACAUCAGUUGCUGAGACCACUACAAUUACAAAUAAUGGUCACUCAGCUGAUGUUACAUUUUCACAAAACACUUGGUUUAUAUCAUUUGAUGGCUUACGUGACUUUAAAUAUGAAAUUGCAAAAAUGCAUUUUCACUGGGGUAAUACUGAUGAUCGUGGAUCUGAGCAUACUAUUGAUGGAAUUAGAUUUCCUUUAGAAGGACAUAUUGUAUCGUUUCGAAAAGAGAUGUAUUCUUCACUCCAGGAAGCUAUCGGUCGACCAGGUGGACUUGCUGUUCUUGGUAUCAUGCAUAAUAUUGUUGAAUCAAUAAAAUCUGACCAAACAGUGUUCAAGGCAUAUAACAGUUUUUCUGGUGUAUUGAAUUCACAAUUCGCUCCUCCAAAUGCUUUGACAGUUGAUAAUAUGAAUUUAUCGCUAAUUCUAAGCUUCUUGAAUCCUAGUCGUUAUUUUCGCUAUUUUGGUUCACUGACAACUCCACCAUGCACAGAAAAUGUUCUUUGGACUGUUUUUAUGGAUCCAGUGCCAAUUACACGUGAACAGGUUAAUCUAUUUCGUAGUUUACCUUAUGGUCCAAAUGAAAAACAAACUACUAUGGGUGAUAAUUUUCGUCCUAUUCAACCAUUAAAUCCACCCGAUACACUUGCACUACGUUCUCUAUAUCGAGCUACAGCAUCAAGUCUUUCAUUAUUAUCUUUACCAGGUUUAUUAUGUAUCAUGUUGACCAGUCAACUUACUGUGAUAUUUUCUUAAUUCAUUUAAUUCAAAACUAUUUAUGUCUGAGAUAUUUAGCUUCUUCUAGACUAAAUUAUUGCGCUUUCAUUCUUUGAAUUAAAAACAAAAAGAGGAUACUUACCCAUACUACUUUAUAGAGUAAAUUUUCUUAUUUUAUUUUUCUUUGUUUUUUUUCUUCUAAAUUUCUCAUAUUUUGUAAAUAACUUAGUUGGUCAUAUUCCAAAACAUUUUGAAGACGUGUUAUAUUUGGCUUGAUUUCACAUCAUAAUGUUUAUUUUAUUAGAUUAAUAUGAUUAUGUCAUAUAUGUAUCUGUAAGAGUUCCUUGGUCAAUAGCCUCAUUAGUUACUGUCCACUACUUCUAGCUCUUAAUUAGUUGGUUAAUAUUUUCCUUUUCAAGAUUCAAGAUGAAGUGGAAAAAAAUAUUAUGUAUUCAUGAUUCAUUCAUUGUAGUUAAUUAUCAGUGAAUAAUAAAAAAGAAACGACAUUUCAUCUAAUGACUUUAUUCUGUUGAGAUUUUGUAAUUCUCUUUUAUUUUUACCUGAAAUUUGGUUACGAAGCAUAUUGUAAGCCAAUACAAUAGGUAGGAGGAAAGUAUAUUUAUUGUAAAAAGUUACAAUUUAUUUACACAAUAAUUAUACAUAACCAUCAUUCGUCCAUUGGCAUCUUUCGGUAUGUUCUGGAAUCUUAAAUGUUUUCUCGAGUGGUCUCGAAUUAUCUGACAAUAGUUGGCUUUCAAUGCACUGAAACAUUUCACUUUGAUGCCAUGUUCCGCUACACACUACUUGAUAUCAAUCUUGUGAGUAGCGUUCACUACAUCACAAUUAAAGAUAUAAAAUGCAACGAAUUUACUGAGAGCGUAUAAAGUAACAAUUCUCUAAAUGAAGAUCAUAUUUUUUACGAGUAUGAAGAACUGUACUGUUAUAAUUUUAGUCUUCUUACUGGUAGUGUACACAUAAGGCCUAAAAUCGAACUUACUCGAGAACCUUCACAUUAAGUGGUAAUAAUGGUACUUCUAUACCGAUUCGUUCAAAUCUAGUCCGUAAGAUUUCCAAAUUCAGGUAAUUUGCUAUGUAAAUGUGAUAGCUUACUACUUUUCAAGAUCGUCCCCAUGGCAAAUCCAAGACUCUUGGGUGAAAAUGUGAGUGUGGAUCAUUGAAUCUUGCCUCGAGGAUUUGAAGAUAUUUUGAUCUCCAAGACACUUAAAGAAAUGUACAGGUGUAGACGAGAGCAAUAAACAACUUCAUAUCUGACGGUAGACUUCAAGUAC